AUGCAACCAUCUGCUGCUUCUGCUACUCCAAACAAGGGAGGCAAAAUAAGUUUCGCCUUCAAGGCCAAGACUGCUCCUGCCCCAGCUCCCAAGCCGGUUCCCGACCUAGCUCAGAGGAUGCUAGCUCGAGAGCCACCUCAGCGUGCCGCCGAGCCACCUUCACGCAACAGGAUGCCGGUCGGCCCACCGCCAAAGUUCAAAUCCGAGCCUCGCUUUGAUCGCCGCGACCGCGACCGCGACCGUGAGCGUGACCGCGAACGCGAACGUGACCGGCGUGAGCGAGAGCGUGACCGUGCACGAAAUGACAGAAGAGACUUCCGAGACUCCCGCAAUUAUCGCGACACGCGAGAACCUCGUGGGCCCCGAGAGCCCCGAAGUAUGCGUGAGGGUAGACGGGACGACCGCCGAUUCGAUUCUCCUCGCACCGAAAGACCUCGAGGAGAUCGGAAACAGGAUUUCCGCCCUGAUCGCCGUCCCGAGCGCUCUCCGGAGCCGAGAAAGCAAAUCAAGAUUAUGACCCGCAUAAAACCACGCCCCGUUCUUUCUGAGGAAUUCGCAAAUUCGGAUUCUGUAUACUACCGAAAACCAGGUAAUGAAUCGGUCAUUGGUGCAGGCACUUACGGCAAGGUUUUCAAGGCGAUUCAUGUGUACACCCAGCGUAAAGUUGCGCUCAAAAAGAUCAGAAUGGAGGGUGAGAAGGAUGGCUUCCCUGUGACCGCCGUUCGAGAAAUCAAGCUGCUUCAACAUCUUCGCAAUAACAACGUUGUCAGCUUAUUAGAAGUCAUGGUGGAGAGGAAUGAGUGUUUCAUGGUGUUUGAAUACCUCUCGCACGACCUGACUGGUUUGAUCAACCACCCGACCUUCACUCUAACAGAAGCGCACAAGAAGGACCUCGCCAAGCAGAUGUUUGAAGGCUUAGAUUAUCUCCACCACCGAGGCGUCAUGCACCGUGAUAUCAAGGCUGCUAACAUCCUGAUCAGCAACCGAGGGCAGCUGAAGUAUGCCGAUUUUGGCUUAGCACGAUUCUUCUCCAAAAGUCGCCAGCUAGAUUAUACGAACCGUGUCAUCACCAUCUGGUACCGACCACCGGAGCUACUACUUGGUGAGACUCGGUACGGCCCCGCUGUUGAUGUCUGGAGUGCGGCUUGCGUAUAUGUUGAAAUGUUCACGAAGAAGGCUGUUUUCCCGGGUGAGGGAGGGGAGAUAAGUCAACUCGACAAGCUCUACAAUUGCCUUGGCACCCCGAACCGCGCCGAAUGGCCAGAUUUGAUUGAGAUGCCUUGGUUCGAGCUAAUGCGCCCGACGGAGCGGAAGAAGAGGAUCUUUGAGGAGGUCUACGGCGAAAUCCUCUCGCCAGCAGCUCUCGAUCUUAUAUCUCAUGUCUUCCAGUAUGACCCUGCGAAACGACCCACCACUGGGCAGAUAUUGGCGCACCCAUACUUCACCACGGAGGAGCCACGGCCUCAGCAAGCUAUCGAGCUCGAGAACAUUGAGGGUGAUUGGCACGAGUUUGAGUCGAAGGCCCUCCGCAGAGAGAAGGACAAAGAACGCCGGGCAGAGUACCAGAGGGAUAAAGAGAAGCGCAAGGUGGCUCCUCUGGCACCCCAAAGUGACAGGGACGCCAAGCGCAUCAAGGCUGGCUCCGAACAUCAGUCAGACUCCGCACAGCCUGCCGAGUAA